AUGAGUACUUUGGGAAGCUCAGGAAGUGAAGAUCUCUGCUCCUGUCUGCUAUGGACACUUGCCAACCUGCGCGACCACCUGCAUCUAGAGUAUGGUGCCCAGCACGACCGUGUUGCUACCGCCGCCCUCGUGAAACCGUUUGAUGACUAUAUUCGUCGUCUUGUGCGCCUGAUCGAUGAAGUGCUCGAUGAAUAUGAUGCUGAUGCCUUCCACACCCGGCAGAACCCCUUGAUAAUCACCGAGACCAACCUCUCGUCUGGUCGUCAUCCGGUCGCCUAG